AUGUCAAUUUGUUUUGCUCUUUGUGUUUGUAGAUUACCUGAAAUUAAUUCCAAAGAUGAGAUUAGUUUUACUAUAGAUUGUAUUUCUUCUUUUGAAUUUGUAUUGACAAAUUUUGAUUCUUUAUUUGAAGACAUUAAAGAAAGAAAUGAAGCUCUUGGAAUGGAAUUUCCAAAAGAACCUGCUUUUAGUUAUGAACCACAUAUAGAUUAUGGCACAUUCUAUUCUAAAAAUAAAUUGAUUUCAAAAACUAAAAGAAAUUCUAAAAGAUUAUCUGGUCAUUAUAUUCAAAUAGCUUAUGGAAUGAGAUCUAUAAGUCCUGCAUUAUUAGAGAAAAGACUAAGUGAAGGAAAAACUGAAUCUAUUGGAAAUAAUGAUAAUCAAUUCAUACUUGUUCAUCGAUCAAAAUCACCAUUACCUAAAAUUAAUAUUAGUCCAUCUGAACAACCACCAAAACCAACGCCAGAAUUGUUACAAGAAAAUGAAUCAAAAAAGAAAGAAACAUUUAGACGUAGAAUUAAAAGACACUCAAUAGAAUUAUUUUCUGGAAUAAUAAAAAAAGAAGAAAAUUAA